CCCGCCUCCCCAGCAUUCGGCUCGCCGCGUCGCUCAGUCCUCCCGCUUCCUUUCCUUCUCGCACCCCUCCUUCCUUCCUUCCUUCCUUCCUUCCGUCGGGAGCGAUGGAGCCGGGGCGCCGGGCGGCUGCGGCGCUGCUGGCGCUGCUGUGCGCUGGCUGCGCGCUGCGCUCCGGGCGCGCCCAGUACGAGCGCUACAGCUUCCGCAGCUUCCCUCGGGACGAGCUGAUGCCGCUCGAGUCGGCCUACCGGCACGCGCUGGACCAAUACAGCGGCGAGCACUGGGCGGAGAGCGUGGUCUAUCUGGAGAUCAGCCUGCGGCUGCACCGCCUGCUACGCGACAGCGAGGCCUUCUGCCACCGCAACUGCAGCGCGACGCCGCAGCCCGAGCCCGCCGCCGGCCUCGCGCGUCACCCGGAGCUGCGCCUCUUCGGGGGCCUGCUGCGCCGCGCGCACUGCCUCAAGCGCUGCAAGCAGGGCCUGCCGGCCUUCCGCCAGUCGCAGCCCAGCCGCGAAGUGCUGGCCGACUUCCAGCGCCGAGAGCCCUACAAGUUCCUGCAGUUCGCCUACUUCAAGGCAAAUAAUCUUCCAAAAGCCAUUGCAGCUGCUCACACCUAUCUACUGAAGCAUCCUGAUGAUGAAAUGAUGAAGAGAAACAUGGCUUAUUAUAAGAGCCUGCCCGAUGCCGAGGACUACAUUAAAGACUUGGAAACCAAGUUGUAUGAGAGCCUGUUCAUCCGAGCCGUGCGGGGGUACAACGGUGAGAACUGGAGAACGUGCAUCACAGACAUGGAGCUGGCCCUUCCUGACUUCUUCAAGGCCUUUUAUGAGUGUCUUGCUGCCUGCGAGGGCUCCCGGGAGAUCAAGGACUUCAAGGAUUUCUAUCUUUCCAUAGCAGAUCAUUAUGUGGAAGUUCUGGAAUGCAAAAUACAGUGUGAAGAGAACCUCACCCCAGUCAUAGGAGGAUAUCCAGUCGAGAAAUUUGUGGCUACCAUGUAUCAUUAUUUGCAGUUUGCUUAUUAUAAAUUGAACGACUUGAAGAACGCAGCCCCCUGUGCAGUCAGCUACCUGCUCUUUGACCAGGACGAUAAGGUCAUGCAGCAGAACCUGGUGUAUUAUCAGUACCACAGGGACAAGUGGGGGCUCUUGGAGGAGCAUUUCCAGCCCAGACCAGAAGCCGUUCAGUUCUUCAACGUGACGACACUCCAGAAAGAGCUGCAUGACUUUGCUAAGGAAAACAUAAUGGAUGAUGAUGAGGGAGAGGUUGUGGAGUACGUGGAUGACCUCUUGGAGCUGGAGGAGACCAGAUAGCCCCCAGCGGCCAGAGAGACCUCCUCUCGAUGUUCAGGAAACACAGAUUCUUUGUCUUCCUUUUCCCAAUAGUACAAGUUGUUGAUACCUCA